CGAGGCGCGCAGAGCAUGGCCAGGGGCGCGGAGCGAGGUCGCGGGGACGCCGGCUGGGGCCUGCGGGGCGUUCUGGCGGCGGUGGCGCUGCUCUCGGCGCUCAAUGCCGCUGGCACGGUGUUCGCGCUGUGCCAGUGGCGCGGGCUGAGCGCGGCGGUGCGGGCGCUGGAGGCUCAGCAGGGCCCGGAGCAGCGCGAGGACAGCGCCCUGCGCUCCUUCUUGGCCGAGUUGAGUCGCGCGCGGCGCAAAGCGCCGGCUCCUCCCCCGGACCCCGCAAGCGCCGCGCGCAAUAAGCGCAGCCACGGCGGGGAGCCCGCGCCGCACAUCCGCGCAGAGAGCCACGACAUGCUGAUGAUGAUGACCUACUCCAUGGUGCCGAUCCGAGUGAUGGUGGAUCUAUGUAACAGCACCAAGGGCAUCUGCCUGACAGGACCACCUGGCCCACCAGGACCUCCGGGAGUUGGUGGGUUACCAGGACACAAUGGAUCAGAUGGACAGCAUGGUCCCCAGGGCCCAAAAGGAGAAAAAGGAGCAACUGGAAAAAGAGGAAAAAUGGGGCCACCUGGAGCCACAGGAACUCCAGGGGAAAAGGGAGACCCUGGUGAGCUGGGUUUGACUGGAAAUGAGGGCCCACCAGGGCCAAAGGGGGACAAAGGAGACAAAGGGGAUGUGUCCAAUGAUGUGCUCCCCACAGGUGCCAAAGGUGACCAAGGCCCACCUGGCCCGCCUGGCCCACCUGGGCCCCCAGGCCCUCCAGGUCCCCCAGGACCCCCCGGAAGCAGAAGAUCUAAAGGCCUACGGCAGCCAAACAUGUUCAAUGGCCAGUGCCCAGGGGAGACAUGCGCCAUACCAAAUGAUGAUACCUUGGUUGGAAAAGCUGAUGAGAAAGGCGGGGAACACCAUUCUCCACAAGCAGAAUCCAUGAUCGCUUCCAUUGGAAAUCCAACACAAGUACUGAAAGUUAAAGAGACAUUUGGGACUUGGAUAAGAGAGUCUGCUAACAAGAGUGAUGAGCGGAUCUGGGUGACUGAACAUUUCUCAGGCAUCAGGGUGAAGGAAUUCAAAGACCAACCCUCCCUGUUGAAUGGUAGUUACACUCUCGUGCAUCUCCCAUAUUAUUUCCAUGGCUGCGGGCAUGCCGUUCACAACAACUGUCUCUACUACCACAAAGGAGGCUCCAACACCAUAGUGAGAUUUGAAUUUGGCAAAGAAACAUCCCAAACUCUGAAACUUGAAAAUGCCCUGUAUUUUGAUCGAAAAUACCUCUUUGCAAAUUCCAAGACUUACUUCAAUUUAGCUGUGGAUGAAAAGGGUCUUUGGAUUAUCUAUGCUUCAAGUGUGGAUGGCUCAAGCAUUCUUGUCGCCCAGUUGGAUGAGAGGACAUUCUCUGUGGUGCAACACAUUAAUACCACAUACCCCAAGACCAAGGCCGGUAACGCCUUCAUUGCCCAGGGGAUCCUUUAUGUCACGGACACCAAAGAUCUGAGGAUAACAUUUGCCUUUGAUUUGUUAGGAGGGAAACAGAUCAAUGCAAACUUUAAUUUAAGAACUUCCCAGUCUGUUCUUGCCAUGUUAUCCUACAAUAUGAGAGACCAGCAUUUAUAUUCAUGGGAAGAUGGUCAUUUAAUGCUUUAUCCUGUGCGGUUUUUGUCAGCUACAAUAAACCAGUGAUGAGAUGCAUUCUGUUCCCCCUUGACAAGUUUCAGAUGUUCUCUGGUACCAUUAAUAUUCCAACAUAAAACUUGUCUUUAGGGUAACCAGGUCCUUAGCUGUCAUAAUCUCAUGACAUGAGUUGAGUGUUUAUAUGGUCAGGGAACCCCCUUUAAAUUCAGAUUCCUUAGAGGAAAAUAGCAACAGACUGGAGGUCAAGAUGGCUAUGAUUUGGUGAUUUCUCCACAGACUAUCUGGGCAAGUUACCCUUCUCUCUGUGAGCCUUGUUUUCCUGACUGGUAAUAUGAAAGGGCUGCCAAAGAUGACUGGCAAGACUCCCUCCACCUGUAGGGAUUUCUGUGCUUCUCGGCUGUUGCUGCCUUCACAGCUGUUACAUAUUUGGUUUGGUUUUUUGGUUUUUAGCCACAUGCUGAGCAAAUUUACCUCCAAGUUGAUAAGCCCAAACACUUGAGCAAUGAAUUCCUUAGUAGUGACUUGUAUUCAGUGCCUUGGGAAGCUGCAUGGACCCUUUAAGGCUGUGGAGGGACCACAUUACCCAUAAUUUAUUACCAUUCUCUGCGUCCGCACCAGCCACCACAGCACUGGAAUGAGCAUCAUCCUGGGCUCGCGAUUGCCGCUCCAAAGUUAAAAAAGCCAGGCACAGCUACAACGCUCAGGCUUGCUAAUGAAACAGAAACAGGCACUUCCAGGUUCCUAUCAGUCUCUGAUCCUGCUGUAGAUCACAAACACUGAAUCCUCACGUCACCCUGGCUGCUGCUUUCACUGCUACGCAUCUGCUAUCAACUACUAAAUAUUAUGUGAGUAGGCAUUAAUCUGGCUAGAACCAUGGGAAGCCCUUUGCAGUUUUUGGAAGAGGCACCAUUUGUGAUUAUUAUCUAGAACAGGGACGGGCAAACCAUGGCCCUUAGGCCAAAGCUAGACCAUUGCAAGUUUUUGUGAAGUUGUAUUGGAACAGGGUCACUCGCCUUUGCUUGUGUAUCAGAGUUUGUGACUACUUUUGCUCUACAGUGGCAGAAUUGAGUUGUUGCGAAAAAGUUGAGUAGGGGCCCUGCAAAGCCUAGAACAUUUACCCUUUGGCCCUUUACACCAAAAGUUUGCCAACUUCUGGGCUAUAAAGUGAGGCUGAUUGUUGGCAGGGCUUAUUCGCCAGAGGCUGUUUGUUAUGUUUUGUUUUAUUCCAGACAAAGAAAGA